AACACCUGACAGUCCACGGUUCUACUCUGAAUAAAACCGCCCCCAUCCCGUCGAUGCUUUCUCCCCGUUGCUUCACCACUCACCAACCCUCAAUUAUUUCCCGGAACCUGUAAAUUUUCCAUGGCUUUCCCCCAAUCGAUUCAUCUGCUCUUCGUUUUCACGUUGAUUGUCUUCCCUCUUUCUCACUCCCUUCCAUUCAUCGUCCUCCACGGUAUUGGAGAUCAGUGCUCCAAUCGUGGAGUCAAACACUUCACUGAGCUUCUCAGCAACUACUCCGGUUCCCCUGGAUAUUGCAUAGAAAUUGGAGGUGGAUCAUGGGAUUCUUGGUUUGUGCCACUUGAGGGGCAGUCAGCAGAGGUUUGUGAUAAGGUGAAGCAAAUGAAAGAGCUGAGGGAGGGUUACAACAUAGUUGGUCUCUCGCAGGGUAACUUAAUAGGCAGAGGUGUUGUAGAGUUUUGUGAUGGUGGACCUCCUGUUCGGAAUUUUAUCUCCUUAGGAGGACCCCAUGCUGGCACAGCUUCUGUUCCUCUUUGUGGUUCAGGUAUAUUCUGCAUAAUUGUAGAUAGGCUGCUCAAGUCAGAGAUAUACAGUGACUAUGUCCAAGAUCAUUUGGCUCCAAGUGGUUAUCUCAAAUUACCCAAUGACAUAUCUCACUACUUGGAAAAAUGUAGAUUCCUUCCGAAGCUUAACAAUGAAAUCCCUGAAGAGAGGAAUUCCACUUAUAAGGAACGAUUCACUAGUUUGCAAAAUUUGGUGCUUGUCAUGUUUGAGCAGGAUAAUGUUUUGAUACCCAAGGAAACUGCCUGGUUUGGAUAUUAUCCUGAUGGUGCCUUCAAGCCAGUUAUGCCUCCUCACCAGACAAAUCUUUACACGGAGGACUGGAUCGGUCUUAAAACCCUAGAUUCUGCUGGAAGACUCCACUUUGUCAACGUUUCUGGAGGUCAUCUUGGAAUCUCUAGAGAAGAUAUGAUAAAGCAUAUUGUGCCUUACUUGAAGAAGGAUGGAGCAUCAUCUGUAAAGAACAAAUUUGAAAGGACUUACACUAGGGUGGGUGGAGCUAAUGGCAGGGGAAUGCAGAGUAAUAAGAUAAAAGCUGUGCCUCAGUUAAAAGAUAAAGAAUCAUCCAAGGUGAUACUCGAUGGAUCAUCUAUGUACAAGUUGCCCUCAUCAAUCCAGAGCUUCACCAUGGAAUUACUUGGACUUGGAGAAGAUAACUGAUUCCCUUGUCAGAAAUAAAUAAAGAAGAAAACAAAAAAGGUGAUUCCCUUGAAAACAGUCUCAGCCUGUGUCAUAUACUAGUGUAAUUGACGCCUGAAUAUCAUUAUUAUAAAUAUUAAUCUGAACAGGGAUCUAUAAUUAAUAUAAAUUUUACGUGAUUUAUAUUCUAGA